AUGUGGACUUCUAAUGGGGUAGGUGCUGCUGUGUGUGUUGUUGGAAGAAACGAUAAACCAGCUGUACCAACUGUGUAUGCUGAUGAAGGCUGCUUUGGGAAAAGUGAAGACCAUCUGAGCUAUGCAAUGGAUCAGCUUGAGCAGAGGGUAAAUGAAUUUUUUAUGAACGCAAAGAAAAACAAACCUGAAUGGAGAGAAGAACAAAUGACAUCAAUCAAAAAAGAUUAUUACAAGGCUUUGGAAGAUGCAGAUGAGAAAGUGCAACUGGCUAAUCAAAUAUAUGAUUUG